AUGGUAUUAACUACACUUAAACUUGGUCAAAAUGAAAUCGAUGAUCUUGCAGUAAAAUAUAUUGCCGAUGCUCUUACAAAAAAUAUGACACUUACUACAUUAGAUUUAAGUCAUAAUCAAAUUCAAGAUCAAGGAGUACAAUGUCUUAGUGAUGCUCUCAUAGAAAAUAAGACAUUGACAACACUAGAUCUUAGCUAUAAUAAUAUUCAAGAUGAUGGUAUAGAACAACUUGCUGAUGCUCUUAAAAUCAAUCACACACUCACUAUGCUUGAUCUUACAGGAAUUCAAUUUGGAGAAAUAGGUGCUAAACAACUUGGUAAUAUGCUUUUAUAUAAUAAAACACUCACUUUACUCAAUCUGAGAAGUAAUAACAUUGAUUCUCAAGGAAUAUUAUAUUUAACUAAUGGUUUGAAAGAUAAUAAAACACUCAUUAAUCUCGAUCUUAGUGUAAAUCAAAUUCAAGACGAAGGUGCUAAGUAUAUUGCUGAUGCACUUAUAAUCAAUACUACACUCGAAAUACUGAAUUUAAGUGAAAAUGGAAUUGAAUAUCAAGGUGCACAAUAUCUCGCUAAUGCAUUAGAAAAGAAUUCAUCAUUAGGAAUAUUCAAUCUUGCAAGAAACGGAAUAACUGAUAUAGGUGCAGAACAUUUUGGUCGUGCACUUUCAAACAAUAAAACACUUACUUCACUCGAUCUUAGUAAUAAUGAAAUUAAUGAUCAAGGAGGACAAUACCUUGCUAGUGGUCUAAUUAAUAAUAAAACACUUGUUUCAUUGAAUCUUCAUACAAAUAAUAUUAGAGAUCAAUCAGCACAUGAAUUUUCUGUUGUUCUAAUAAAUAACAAAACACUUACAACUAUCGAUUUUAAUAAUAAUAAAAUUACUGAUAAUGGAAUAGAACAUCUUGCUGAUAGUCUUACAAAUAACACAAUAUUAACUAUACUCGAUUUGGGAAUGAAUCAAAUACGUGAUCAAGGUGCAAAAUAUCUUGCUGAUGCUCUUCAAACGAAUAGAACAUUGACACUACUUAAUCUUCAAUAUAAUGAAAUUACAGAAAUAGGAGCUGGUUACCUUGCUGUUGUUCUUUCAGAUUAUUCAACAAUUGUAACAAUUUAUCUUCGUUGGAAUAAUUUUGGGGAAGAAAAACGAGAAAAACUAAUGAAACUUGCCAAUGAAAAUGAACGAUUAAAACUAACAGAUGUUUGUUGUUGGAAUUAA